CGCUACAACUUCAACAUCCGACCGAAAUCAUCAAUUCCCACCGAUAUCUCGUCGUCAAGGUAUGCCUCAGAGUGCAUCGCGGCGGCAGAGUCGAGUCGACUCAACCCCUAUGCCCUGCACCCGGAGGAAUACCUUCUCCUACGCCAUCACAUCUCUUACACACAAGUCACAACCUACCUAAACAUCAGAAACGGUAUAUUACGCCUUUGGAUGAAACGGCCCUGGAUCGGUGUUACUCGACCAGAGGCAGUCGGGUGUGCAAACGCACGCUGGUUUGAUGCAGCAAGUGUUUGCUACGAUUGGCUUGUUCGUCGAGGUUAUAUCAACUAUGGAUGCGUUCAAGUCUCUGAGCCUGGGGUCGAUGAGAAUGGUGCACCAGUCGUUAGGAGGCAAAAGACGAUCGCUAUCAUCGGUGCCGGCAUCUCUGGACUUGGCUGUGCCAGACAACUAGAAGGUUUGCUCACGCAGUACGCUGACCGUUUUCGCGAGCGAGGUGAGCCGCCACCGCGUGUGGUGGUUCUCGAGGGACGAAGCCGGGUAGGAGGCAGAGUGUAUUCUCGCGAAUUCAAGACCAGACCGAAAGAACCCGUGCCGGAUUUCAAAGGAAAGCGGCACACUGCUGAGAUGGGCGGCAUGAUCAUCACUGGAUUUGAACGAGGAAAUCCCAUCAACAUUCUUCUACGCGGGCAGCUCAGCCUGCCUUACCACGCGCUUACAGCAGACACUACAAUCUACGACAGCAAUGGGAAACCUGUAGAUCCUGUCCGAGAUCAGCUUGUGGAGAAGCUAUAUAAUGAUUGUCUAGACCGAGUCAGCGAGUACAAGCACAAGAACCAACCGGCAAAACUCAUUGAGGGCAGGCGGGACCUCAUUGAAGAAGGCCGGGACAGCCCCGGAGACGGCAGCAAGACGAUGAUACAAGCAGAGGAAGCUGCCGCUGCACAGCCAGACGCUCCUCCAGUGGCCCAGCAGAAUGUUCCAGCAAAGGUCAACAUGAUACCGGUGUCAUCAGACAAGCUAACGGGUCGGGUACACACUGAGCCUGGGACUCCGGCCACGAUCAAGGCUUCCGAGAAGGCAAAGCUGAUGGGCUGGACACUGCGAGAUCACUCGGCCGAGGGAGAUAACAUCGACCUAGUUCCAGCAGUGAACGAAGAGGGGGCAACUCUAGGAUCCGUCCUGGACUCUGCCAUUUCCCAAUACAAGCAGAUGGUCGGGCUGAAUGCCCAGGACCAUCGCCUCAUCAACUGGCACAUUGCCAAUCUAGAAUACAGUAAUGCAACUGGUCUGCACAACCUCAGUCUUCCCCUAUGGGACAUCGAUGCGGGCAACGAGUGGGAGGGGAGUCACACAAUGGUCGUCGGCGGCUAUCAGAGCGUGGCUCGUGGCUUGGUUCAAUGUCCAACCUCACUGGACCUCAAGACCAAAUUCCCUGUCAAGAGCAUAUCUUACCACGUGGGAGAGGGCAUGCCGUCUGCGGCGAUUGAGUGUGAGGACGGAUCAGUCGUCGACGCUGAUGCCGUUGUCUGCACUAUUCCUCUUGGUGUGCUGAAGCAAAACAACAUAGCGUUCAACCCGCCUCUUCCUUCGUGGAAGACUGACGUUGUGGAGCGUCUAGGGUUCGGCAUCCUGAACAAGGUUGUGCUUGUUUACGACAAGGUCUUUUGGGAGAAUGACCGACACAUCUUUGGUGUGCUGAGAGACUCUACGAAUCGGCACAGUACUUCGCAGAAAGACUACGCAACAAACCGUGGCCGCUUCUUCCAGUGGUUCAAUGUAUCCAACACAACGGGUCUCCCCUGUCUGAUCGCCCUGAUGGCUGGUGAGGCAGGCUUCGACACUGAGCAUUCGAGCAACGACAGUCUCAUCGCCGAGGCAACAGAGGUUCUGCGCCGUGUUUUUGGUUCAGAUGUUCCCUAUCCCGUUGAGGCGAUGGUCACCCGCUGGGGUUCCGAUCGAUUUGCCAGAGGGAGCUACUCGUCAGCUGCUCCAGGUAUGCAACCCGAAGACUACGAUGUGAUGGCACGGCCUGUUGGCAACCUCUUCUUUGCAGGCGAACACACUAUUGGCACCCAUCCGGCGACGGUUCAUGGUGCCUACUUGUCCGGCUUGAGGGCAGCUUCAGAGGUGUUGGAGACGUUGAUCGGGCCCAUCGAGGUCCCAACACCUCUAAUUCUGCCACGGGAUUCCGUGCUACUAAGGAAGCGCAAGGAACCUACCAAGGACCCGAGACGAGCAAAACUAGAAGCAUACGAACAGGAGUUGCUCAGCCAUGUACAUUCUAAACUAGGCGAGCGGCCCGUUCGCCCGAACAAGGUGGCAGCGAACGCCUACAUUCUAUACAGCAAGGCCCUGUUCGACGUGGCCCGCAAGAAGUGCGAAGACAACCGCAAAGGCAAGGCAGGCCGCGCCGUGCCCAACGAGGUCCGUAUCAUGACGUCCAAAAUGUGGAAGGAGGCAACUCCCGAGGAGCGCAAGCCCUACGAAGACCAGGCAAUGGAGCAGAGGCGUGGUCAUGCUGACGCCGUGCAGACCUGGAGCCGGGAUGUUGAAAAGUGGGAUCGAGAGGCUGCCUCGCUGCGGGCGGAGUACCAGAGGGACCAUCCUCCUGCUCCUGGGCUGGGCGAGUUUGCUCGUGAGUCUUCGCACAAGCAUCGUCGGGCGAGGGUCAGCUACGCCGAGGACCGUGACAGUGAGGGCGAGAUGUGA